UCCCACAAGCUCUCUCCACUCUCAAACCAGCAUUUAUAAUAUUGAAAAGUUAAUAAACCAGUUUCUUCACCAAUCAAAACAAUCCCUAUGGACUACAGAUAUGAGUCAUCUGAGAACUCGAGUGGCAGGAACAAGUGUGCGGCAUGCUUUAGGCAGUUCAACAAAAUGGAGCACCUGGUGGAUCACAUGAGGACCUCCUUCCACUCUGUGCAUGAAUCCAAGUGUGGGAUCUGUAGGAAGCACUGCAGAUCCUUUGAGUCCCUCAGGGAACAUCUUAUCGGACCAUUGCCUAAACAAGAAUGCAAGAACAUCUUCAAUGUCAGAGGAUGCAGAUAUUGCUUAACCAUUCUCGAAAGCUCAAAUGCCCGCAGGGUUCACCAAGAAAGAUGCCAAUUCUCUAAUGUUAAUGUGGGACUAGUUGCUCGAAUGUCUACUCUAGGCAUGCGAGACAGCUUGAAUAUUGACAAUGGCUACUCCAGAGGAACACAAGUAGUUUCACUGGCCUGCAAGAUGGUUGGAGGAGGAAGUGAUGGCUCCCUCGACCUUUGCGGGAGGGUUUGUCUCAUUGAUGAAAAUGAGAAUAUCCUUUUCCAUUGUUAUGUCAAACCACUGAUUCCAGUCACUAAUUACAGGUAUGACACCACAGGGAUAAGGCCAGAAUACCUGAGGGACGCAAUGCCACUACGCCAAGUCCAAAAGAAGAUUCAAGAUUUCCUCUGCAAUGGAGAGCCUAUGUGGAAAGUCAAACCUAGAGGGGGAAGGGCUAGGAUUCUUGUGGGUCAUGGCUUGGACCACGACCUUAACCGUCUGCAAGUGGAAUAUCCAGCUGCGAUGAUCAGGGAUACAUCAAAGUACCCUCCAUUAAUGAAGACAAGCAAGCUCAGCAACUCACUUAAGUACCUAACACAAGCCUAUCUUGGGUAUGAUAUUCAAACCGGGAUCCAGGAGCCAUUUGAAGAUUGUGUGGCAACAAUGAGACUGUAUACUAGAAUGAGAUCCCAGCGACAUGGCGCAGAAGAUUACCCACUUGCCUCAGACCCACAGAACCGAAACAACCUCGCCGCAUGGAGGCAAAGUGAGCUGGAGAGGAUGAGCCCAGAAGGUCUACUGGCAUUGUCCAGAUCAGACUUCUACUGUUGGUGCUUGGAUUCCUGAGCUAUUUCAAACACCGCUAAAAUCGAUUAAGAACCUAAGCAGAGACGUAUUCGUGGAAAAAGAACACGAGUUCUUUUUUCUCCUCCACCCCCUUUCUGACAAAAGUGUGGCAACCUAAGAAUAUAUUAUUCAUGAGUAUGUCCUCCCAAUAGGAGAUACAUUUAUGUUCUUGUGUUCUGUAUGCAUUCUAUGUUAGUAUGUAAGCUAUUUCAAUAAAUCGAGACUUAUUGAAGUUGUUCCAUCUAUUCCUAAACUGAAUCAGCAAAAGUGCAACUGAGUGAAGCUCCUCACACAAACAAUAACACAAACACACGACAGGUAUGCUUCCACAUGAUGCUCGACCUUCUCAGAAAAAACACUAACGCCGAAGCAAAUGAGGCGAAUAAUCACGCUAUAGAAACCGAUUCAAAUCCAACAGAUUCUAGUGAGCUAAACAUUUGAUGCAUAUAGCAUCAGAACUUAGAAUCUCGAUUCUUUCAAGCAAGCAAACAAACAGACAGCAAAAUUGAUCAAGCUAGGAUGAAAAUGAUUGACCUCUGUGUACCUUUUUCAUCAGGGGAUCGAGGCGAUACUGCUAUUCGAUUUCGCUGCAGCAAGACGUUCUCACCAAUCAAUUCGCCGCCGACCGCAAUCCAACGAAUUCAUUGAUUCCUGAAGUGAUGAAGCAGUUGAAUCAACCCAUACAUACAUGAUAGUUUGUAAGCAAGACAUAUACGUUGUGAAUAUCUCGAUCUGGUUCGUCGGACUUUGUGGAAUCGAGAAGCUUUACCUGGCUGGAUUAUAUGGUUGUGAUAAGCUGACUGCUGUAGGUCCGACGUUCGGUUGAUCGUCGAUGAAAUAGCCGUCGUUAGCUGUGAGGGUGAGAAAGAGGAGGAGAAGCCGAUUGGAAAUGAGAAAUUAGGGAAAUGGGAAUUAGGGAAAGCUCUCAUUGAACGUACAGUUCUUUUCUUUCAAAUUUGCUCUUAAACUUCCGAAGUUGCAUUAGAGAGUUGUCAUCGCUCAGGAGUCAGUCAGGACUACUAAGUUGUAGGCGGAUUAGAGUGACGCUUUUAGUCUCCUAAUCCUAGGGUGGACCCUACAACUUCUUUUUUAGGCUAAUCAAGGAAUGUCUUUCAUUUUGUUAGGCAUAAGAGUUGUGUUUUUUAAGAAAUAGGGUACUUAAAU